CAACAAAAUAUGGUAGAAAACUAUACUUACUUUAAGUCUUCAUUAAUACUCGCAAGAAUUCGGCAUUCUGCGAUAAUUUCUAAGUCCACACAUGGAGAUAGAUUUUCAAAGUUCCUCAAAGGUGCGAAAAUUUCUAAGUCCACACAUAGAGAUAGAUUUUUAAAGUUCCUCAAAGGUGCGAAAAUUUCUAAGUCCAAACAUGGAGAUAGAUUUUCAAAGUUCCUCAAAGGUGCGAAAAUUUCUAAGUCCACACAUGGAGAUAGAUUUUUAAAGUUCCUCAAAGGUGCGAAAAUUUCUAAGUCCACACAUGGAGAUAGAUUUUUAAAGUUCCUCAAAGGUGCGAAAAUUUCUAAGUCCACACAUGGAGAUAGAUUUUUAAAGUUCCUCAAAGGUGCGAAAAUUUCUAAGUCCACACAUGGAGACAGAUUUCUAAAGUUCCUCAAAGGUGCGAAAAUUUUUAAGUCCACACAUGGAGAUAGAUUUUCAAAGUUCCUCAAAGGUGCGAAAAUUUCUAAGUCCACACAUGGAGAUAGAUUUUUAAAGUUCCUCAAAGGUGCGAAAAUUUCUAAGUCCACUCGUGGAGAUAGAUUUUUAAAGUUCCUCAAUGCUGCGAAAAUUUCUAAGUCCACACAUGGAGAUAGAUUUUCAAAGUCCCCCAACGGUGCGAAAGUUUCUAAGUUCACUCGUCGAAGUCCAACGCACAACUGA